AUGUUUCUUUUUGCUCUCUGGCUGUAUUACUGUUUCUUUCCUUCUUUCAUUUUUCAUUCUUUUUCUUUCUUUCCUACUUUGCCCUGCUAUAUUUGUCAUUUUUUCCUUUCUUUCUUUCUUUCUUUCUUUCUUUCUUUCUUUCUUUCUUUCUUUCUUUCUUUCUUUCUUUCUUUCUUUGCCUUGCCAUAUUUGCUAUUCCGUUAUUUACCAUUCUUUAUUUUUCUUUUUUUAUAUUAUGAAAUCUUUCCUCCUUCUUUUUUAUUCCUUCCUUUCUUUCUUUCAUCCUUUUUUUUCAAUUUUUUCUUUCUUUCUUUCUUUGUUUUGUUAUAUUUGGUGUUCCGUUAUUUAUCAUUAUUUUUCUUUCUUUACGUUAUUUAUACUUUCUUCCUUUCUUUCUUCUUUCCUUUUCCUUUCUUUUUCUUUCUUUUUCCUUCUUUCUUUUCCUUUUUUCUUUUUUCCUUCUUUCUUUUUUUUGUUUUGUUUUUCCUUCUUUCUUUCUUUCUUUUCCCUUGCUACAUUUAUCUUUCCUUUAUUUUCAGGUCUUCCUAUUUCUUCCCUUUUUCGUUCUUUCUUUCUUUCUUUCUUUCUUUCUUUCUUUCUUUCUUUCUUUCCUUUUUCCUUUCAUUCUUUCUUUCUUUCUUUGCCUUGCUAUAUUUAACAUUCCUUUAUUUUCAGUUCUUUCUUUCUUUCUUUCUUUCUUUCUUUCUUUGCCUUACUAUAUUUACCUUUCCUUUGUUUUCAACUCUUUCAUUUUUCUUCCCUUUUUCUUUCUUUCUUUCUUUCUUUCUUUUUUUCUUUCUUUCUUUUUUUGCCUUGCUAUAUUUGCCCGACCUUUGUUUUCAUUUCUUUCUUUCUUUGUUAUAA